UUUAGUGCCCUAAUCAAUAAACCGUUAGACAGAGAAUGCUCUUCGCCAUCAAAAGCGUCGUAGCCAUGAGCUCGGUCGCUGCUCCGUCUUGUGUUUUCUCCGUAGAUCGAAAGUCAUGCCCAGCAAGAGAGAAGGCGGCGAUGUCGGUUACGGUUCCAUUUCCAGUGAGAGUGAAAGCUUCAUGGGAUACACAACCAAGAACUAUUCCCAAUCCCAAUCACAGCAGCUUUUCGAAGAACAAAAACCCUAACGUGCUCCAUCAAUCUAUUCCUCAAAGUGGAAUAACAAUCUCAACCACUACAACCAAAGAACUUUCAGCUUCGGAGCUUCUAGGCUUGAACAGACGCUCCCCUUCCCAAGGGAAAUCAGAAGAAUUAUAUCUGGGUUACGAGAGAUGGUUGCCGGCUGCACCAGAAGUGAAAAAGCCUAGAUCCAUCUAUAAUGCGGCGACGUUAGCAUAUAUCGGGGAUUCUGUUUAUGAGCUAUUUGCUCGAAGGCAUUUUCUGUUUCCUCCACAAAAUAUUGAGGAAUACAAUGCUCGCGUGAUGGCGGUAGUACGUUGUGAAGCACAGGAUGCCUUGCUCAAGAAACUACUUGGUGAUGACUUCCUAUUGGAAGAAGAAAGGGAUGUUCUACGGUGGGGGAAAAAUAUAGUUUCAGGUAAAACACGGACAACUAAGCGUGCUGGUGUAGCGGUGUAUAACAGAGCGUCAUCAUUGGAAACACUGAUUGGCUAUCUCUACUUGACUAACAUAAAACGCUUGGAGGAACUCAUGCUAAAGUUGGGGUUCUCAACUGGUGCUUCUACCCAACUGAUCCUGGAGAAGACAAAAAGCACUGUGUGAAGCUGUGAUUCAGUUUCAGGUAUGGUAGAUGCACUAUCCCUUCAAGGCACCGUUCUCCAGCCCGUUGUAUCCUAUGCAGGCCAAGGAACAAAAGCAAGUGCACACCUUUUGUGCUCUUUGGUGAAACCAACAUGCAAUGCGGAUUGAAUGAAGGGAAAGUAGAACAAGAGAGAGCGAGAGAGUUUCAAAGCUCGUGACAACUUAGAAUGCUCUCCUUUAACCAUCAAGGACCAGCAGGUAAUUGUAAUGAAGUGUAUAUAUAAUCAACAGUGAUUUUUCCAUCAAGGACCCUAAUUUCUGGGCUAUUACCUUAAUUUCCAUAUUGAAAUCCAUAAUUUCAUCUUAA